AUGGGGCUAAGACUUGCCGGCCUUUUUGCACUCUGGCUGGCUCUUUCCUUUGCGAACGAAAUUAAAAAAGAAAGCAGAACCCAAAACCAUGGCCACUACGUCUGCAGUACCUGGGGGAACAAUCAUUUCAAAACUUUUGAUGGAGACUUCUACCAGUUCCCUGGCCUCUGUGAUUACAACUUUGCUUCUGACUGCCGAGAGUCUUACCAGGAGUUCUCAAUCCACAUCCAGCGUGCUGUGAAUGAAAAUGGACACCCUGACAUCCAAUAUGUCCUGAUCACCAUAAAGGAUGUUGUAAUCUACCUCACCCAAAAUGCGGUUGUUGUGGAUGAGCAAAUUGUAACAACACCAUACUAUAGUUCCGGUUUGCUGAUUGAGAACAGUGAAAUCUACACUAAAGUCUAUGCAAGAGCGGGCCUGGUUCUAAUGUGGAACCGUGAAGAUUCACUGAUGCUGGAGCUGGAUUCCAAGUUUAACAACAAUACAUGUGGUCUUUGUGGGGAUUACAAUGGACAGCAGCUCUACAAUGAAUUUAUCUCUAACGACAUGACCUUCAAUCCGAUCACAUUUGGAAAUAUGCAGAAGAUUAACAAACCCAACACAGUAUGUGAGGACCCUGAUGAAACACAGACUGUCACAACCUGUAAUCAGCAUCGUGAUGAGUGUCUGAGUCUGCUGACUUCUUCAGUAUUCGCUGACUGUGAGUCCCGUCUGAACCUGGAGAUGUAUGUUCAAGCCUGUAUGCAGGAUAAGUGUGCCUGCCAGGGAGCUGAGGAUUCCUUCUGCCUCUGUAACACCAUCUCUGAGUACUCUCGCCAAUGCUCCCAUGCAGGUGGCCGGCCUGGAAACUGGAGGACAAAAAAGUUUUGCCCUAAGACGUGCCCUGGAAACAUGAUCUACCAGGAAAGCAGCUCACCAUGCAUAAGCACUUGUUCCCAUUUGGAGAUCAGCAGCCUUUGUGAGGAACACUUCAUGGAUGGCUGCUUCUGCCCUGAAGGAACUGUGUAUGAUGACAUCAGUGGGAAAGGCUGUGUGUCUGUUAACCAAUGUCACUGCAAACUGCAUGGAUCCCUGUAUUCACCUGGGCAAAAUAUCACCAAUGAAUGUGAAGAAUGCACCUGUGAUUCAGGCAGGUGGGUGUGCAAGCACUUACCCUGUCCAGGCUCAUGCUUAGUAGAAGGAGGCGCUCACAUCACCACCUUUGAUGGGAAGAAAUACACCUUCCACGGAGACUGCUACUAUGUGCUGUCCAAGGGAGGUAUAAAUGACACUCAUGCCCUCCUGGCAGAGCUAUCUCCCUGUGGCUCCACAGACAAACAGACCUGUUUGAAGACUGUUGUGCUGUUAAUAGACCAUAAAAAAAAUAUCUUGGUUUUCAGAUCAGAUGGCACUGUGCUGCUGAAUGAACUUGAAGUGCACUUGCCCCAUGUGACAGCAAGCUUCUCAAUUUUCCAGCCAACUUCAUACCAUAUCAUUGUCCAUACCUAUUUUGGUCUCAAGCUACAAAUCCAAUUGGUUCCAAUCAUGCAGCUGUUUGUGAUUGUGGAUCAAUCUGCCCAAGGAAAACUGCAAGGUCUUUGUGGGAAUUUCAAUGGCAUAGAAUGUGAUGAUUUUAAAACAGCUGGUGGGCUGGUAGAAGCUACAGGAUCUGCCUUUGCUAACACUUGGAAAGCACAAGCCACCUGUAAAGACCAAGUGGAUAAUUUGGAAGACCCUUGUGCUCUCAGCUUUGAAAGCGAAAAUUAUGCUGAAUAUUGGUGUUCCUUACUGAAAAAUUCAGAAUCUCCUUUUGCCAGAUGUCACUCAGUCAUUGAUCCUGUGGAAUAUUAUAAGAGAUGUAAAUAUGACACCUGCAACUGUAAGAACAGUGAAGAAUGCUUGUGUGGGGCCCUGUCCUCUUACGCAAGAGCCUGUGCCUUCAAAGGAAUCAUGCUGGGGGGCUGGAGACAAACUGUCUGCAACAAAGAAGUGUCCUCUUGCCCAGCAUCCCAGAUCUUCCGUUACAAUCUGACCACAUGUCAACAUACCUGUCGCUCCCUUGCUGAUGGCGAAAAGCACUGCUUGGAGGGCUUUAUUCCCAUUGAUGGCUGUGGCUGCCCUGAUAACACCUAUAUGAAUGAGAAGGGUAACUGUGUGCCCAUCUCCCAUUGUACAUGCUACUAUAAAGGGUCAUACCUGGAACCUGGGGAUGUCAUCGUGAAACAAGAAGAGCGCUGUGUUUGCCGAAAUGGAAUUCUCCAUUGCACUCAAGUGAAGAUAAUAGAUGACAAGUGUCCAUCCCCCAAGAUUCACUUUGAUUGCAGCAGUGUCAAGUCUUGGUCUUCACAAACCCCUCUGCAACUAAGCUGCCAUACGCUGGAUACUGACUAUUUCCAGACAGAGUGUGUCUCAGGGUGCAUGUGUCCUCAUGGACUGAUUGAUGAUGGCAGAGGGGGCUGUGUUAAGGAGAAGGACUGUCCAUGUAUUCAUAACAAGCAGUUUUAUGCUCCUGGACAGACCGUAAAAGUGGGCUGCAAUGAAUGUACCUGCCAUAAAGGAAGAUGGACCUGCACCGAUAAUGUGUGCUAUGGGACUUGUACUGUAUAUGGAAGUGGCCAUUAUAUCAGCUUUGAUGGAAAACACUAUGACUUUGAUGGACACUGUGAAUAUGUGGCUGCCCAGGAUUAUUGUGGCAAGGAUCACAAUGGUUCGUUUAGGAUCGUCACAGUGAAUGUGCCAUGUGGAACCACUGGAGUCACCUGUUCAAAGGCUAUUAAAAUAUUUCUAGGGAGAACUGAACUGAAGUUUGAGGACAAGCAAUAUGUAGAAAUUCAGCGAGAUGUUGGCGACCAUAUACACUAUUGGAAUCGUACAGUGGGGCUCUAUCUUGUUAUUGAGGCCAGCAAUGGCGUGAUGCUCAUCUGGGAUAAGAAGACUACUAUUUUCAUAAAGCUGACUCCUAAUUAUAAGGGCAAAAUCUGUGGUUUGUGUGGCAACUUUGAUGACAAGUCCAACAAUGACUUCACAACAAGGAACGGGCUGCUGGUGACCAAUCCUCUGGAGUUUGGUAAUUCUUGGAAACUGUCUGGCACCUGCCCUGAUGUGGUGGAUGAGAUCCUGCCCUGCAGUCUAAAACCUCACCGCAAGUCCUGGGCAGAGAAGGAGUGCAGCAUCAUCCGGAGCGAAGUCUUUAAAGUUUGUCACAACAAGGUGGACCCAGCUCCAUUCUAUGAAAAUUGUGUUCAUGAUGCCUGCUCCUGUGACAGUGGUGGAGACUGUGAGUGCUUCUGUUCUGCAGUUGCUGCUUAUGCCCAAGAGUGCAUUAAGGCUGAAGCUUGUGUCUUCUGGAGAACUCCUGAUAUAUGCCCAAUAUUUUGUGAUUACUACAACCCUCGGAAUGAGUGCAAGUGGCACUACGAGCCUUGUGGCCGUCAUAUUAUGACCUGCAGGAUCAUUAACAAUGUCAUCUCCAACUUCUCAUUGCCAUAUCUGGAAGGUUGCUACCCCAGAUGCCCUAAAGAAAAGCCCAUUUUUGAUGAAGACCUCAAAGAAUGUGUCACUGAAGUUGAAUGUUCUGGCACUUACUGUUAUGUAAAUGGCAAUCGUUAUGAAAAUGGCUCAAAAGUACCCACAGAAGACGAUUGUCUGGACUGUAUCUGCAUCUCACCAAAAGUGACGUGCACAGAUGUACCAGGCUGUCCCACAACCACUACACCCCCUACUACCACACCCACAGUCACCACCACCACCAUGCCGACAACUACUACAACUACCACUGUGCCAACGUCAACUACUACAACAGAGACCACAACAGUUACCACCACGACCUCUUCAACCUCUACAACACCAUGUUCACCUCUAUCUCAAUAUUGUUGGUGGUCUGACUGGAUUAGUCUGAAUAAGCCAAAAUAUGGCCCAGAAAAUGGUGAUUAUGAAACCUAUGAGAAAAUCAGAGAAUGGAACGCCUCAGCGAUAUGUGAGAAUCCACUAAAUAUUUCAUGCAGAGCUCAGCUAUUUCCUGACGUCAGCAUUGAAGAUUUAGGACAAAAAGUGACAUGUGAUGUUUCCACUGGGCUUAUCUGUAAUAAUAAGGACCAAGUCCUGAUUCCGAUAUGCUACAAUUAUGAGAUCAGUGUUUACUGCUGCUCAUCAUUUUGCUCCACAACUACAUCUACCACUACCACAGCCUCCACCACCACUGAGUCUCCAACUACCACCCCGACAACCACUACAACUAGCACUAUCCCAACAUCAACUACUACAACCGGGACCACAACCAGCACCCCUAUCACCACCACCACAGCAAUUACUACCCCAGAGACGACAACACCUACCACCACCACCACCACAGAAACAACUACCUCAGAGACGACGACACCCACCACCACCACCACAGAAACAACUACACCAGAGACGACGACACCUACCACCACGACCACUACAGUAACGACUACCCCAGAGACAACGACACCUACCACCACCACCACAGAAACAACCACCCCAGAGACGACAACACCUACCACCACAGCAACUACUACCCCAGAGACGACAACACCUACCACCACCAUCACCACCACCACAGAAACAACAACCCCAGAGACGACGACACCUACCACCACGACCACCACUACAGUAACGACUACCCCAGAGACAACAACACCUACCACCACCACCACAGAAACAACCACCCCAGAGACGACAACACCUACCACCACAGCAACUACUACCCCAGAGACGACAACAUCUACCACCACCAUCACCACCACCACAGAAACAACAACCCCAGAGACAACAACACCUACCACCACGACCACCACUACAGUAACGACUACCCCAGAGACAACGACACCUACCACCACCACCACAGAAACAACCACUCCAGAGACGACAACAUCUACCACCACCAUCACCACCACCACCACAGAAACAACAACCCCAGAGACGACGACACCUACCACCACAGAAACUACCUCAGGGACGACAACACCUACCACCACCACCAUGGAAACAACUACCACAGAGACAACGACACCUACCACCACCACCACCACCACGGAAACAACUACCACAGAGACGACAACACCUACCACCACCACAGAGACAACUACCACAGAGACAACGACACCUACCACCACGACCACUACAGUAACGACUACCCCAGAGACAACGACACCUACCACCACCACCACAGAAACAACCACCCCAGAGACGACAACACCUACCACCACAGCAACUACUACCCCAGAGACGACAACAUCUACCACCAUCAUCACCACCACCACAGAAACAACAACCCCAGAGACAACAACACCUACCACCACGACCACCACUACAGUAACGACUACCCCAGAGACAACAACACCUACCACCACCACCACAGAAACAACCACCCCAGAGACGACAACACCUACCACCACAGCAACUACUACCCCAGAGACGACAACACCUACCACCACCACCAUCACAGAAACAACUACCUCAGAGACGACGACACCCACUACCACCACCACCACCAUCACAGAAACAACUACACCAGAGACGACGACACCUACCACCACGACCACUACAGUAACAACUACCCCAGAGACAACGACACCUACCACCACCACCACAGAAACAACCACCCCAGAGACGACAACACCUACCACCACAGCAACUACUACCCCAGAGACGACAACAUCUACCACCACCAUCACCACCACCACAGAAACAACAACCCCAGAGACAACAACACCUACCACCACGAUCACCACUACAGUAACGACUACCCCAGAGACAACGACACCUACCACCACCACCACAGAAACAACCACCCCAGAGACGACAACACCUACCACCACAGCAACUACUACCCCAGAGACGACAACAUCUACCACCACCAUCACCACCACCACAGAAACAACAACCCCAGAGACAACAACACCUACCACCACGAUCACCACUACAGUAACGACUACCCCAGAGACAACGACACCUACCACCACCACCACAGAAACAACCACCCCAGAGACGACAACACCUACCACCACAGCAACUACUACCCCAGAGACGACGACACCUACCACCACAGAAACAACUACCUCAGGGACGACAACACCUACCACCACCACCACUACUGAAACAACUACCCUAGAGACGACGACCCCUACAACCACCACAGCAACUACUACCCCAGAGACAACAACACCUACCACCACAGAAACAACUACCCGUGAGACGACGACACUUACCACCACUACAGUAACAACUACCCCAAAGACGACAACACCUACCACCACAGCAACUACUACCCCAGAGACGACGACACCUACCACCACAGAAACAACUACCUCAGGGACGACAACACCUACCACCACUACAGUAACAACUACCCCAGAGACAACGACACCUACCACAACCACCACCACCACUGAAACAACUACCCCAGAGACGACAACACCUACCACCACCGUCACCACCACCACAGAAACCACUACCCCAGAGACAACAACACCUACCACCACCACCACAGCAACAACUACCCCAACAACGACAAUACCUACCACCACACCCGGAAUUAGAUGUCCGUUACCUAAUGGUACUUUCACUAAACCAGGUGAAAGCUACUGGCCAUGUAACUGCACCAAGUUUAUAUGCGAUAUCAACAUUGGUUGGGUGCCGGUUGAGACUGUAUGUGAACUUCCUCCUAAGCCCACUUGUGUCAAUGGGCUCGCUCCUGUGCUGGUGAAGGGUGAAUGCUGUUGGCACUGGGAGUGUGACUGCUAUUGCACUGGCUGGGGAGACCCACAUUAUGUGACGUUUGAUGGACAGUACUAUAGCUACCAAGGGAAUUGUACGUAUGUCCUGGUGGAAGAGAUUAACAAAAAGAUUGACAACUUUGGGGUCUACAUUGACAACUAUCACUGCAUUGCACAAGACAGAGUGUCCUGUCCACGCACACUCAUCGUGAGACACGAGACCCAGGAAGUGCACAUAAAGACUAUCACAAUGUUUCCUCUCAAAGUACAGGUGACGGUAAACAAUCAGGAAGUGGCUACACCUUAUGAAAAAUACGGCGUGAGAAUCUUUAAGUCAGGCAUAAAUCACGUAGUGGACAUCUUUAGACUUGGGGUAAAUGUAACCUAUAAUGGAUUGGCUUUCUCAAUUAGAUUGCCCUACCAGAGGUUUGGCAACAACACCCAAGGACAGUGCGGCACUUGUACCAACAACACAGCAGAUGACUGCAUGUUACCCAAUGGAAAGAUCAUAGAUAACUGUGAAACAAUGGCAGAUCAUUGGGUGAUUAAUGACCCGGAAAAGCCACACUGCUAUCCAUCCCCACCUCCUACAAAGAUACCUUUUGUCACUCCACCACCCUGCAAACCAUCCGAUCUCUGCAAGCUCAUUAAAGAAGGCCCAUUCAAAGCAUGCCAUCCCUUUGUCAACCCUGACCACUACUAUGCAGCCUGCGUUUUUGACAGCUGCGCUCUUCCCAACUCUAAAUUGGAGUGUGCAACUUUGCAAAACUACGCUGCUCUCUGCGCUGAUCAGGGGGUCUGUGUUGAUUGGAGAGGCCAUACUCGUGAUAUCUGUCCGCAUAAGUGCCCAUCACACAAAGUAUACAAAGCAUGUGGUCCUAUUGAAGAGAUGACCUGCAAGUCAAGCCAAGUUGCACAAAACCAAACCAGUCAUGUGGAAGGCUGCUUCUGUCCUGCUGGAACAAUGCUUUAUGGUGAUGGUGUGGAUGUCUGUGUAAAAACCUGCGGGUGUGUUGGACCAGAUAAUAAACCAAGAAAGUUUGGGGAAAUUUUUGAGUUUGACUGUAAGAGAUGCAUUUGCCUGGAGGGUGGAAGUGGCAUUAGCUGUGUGCCCCUCCAAUGUCCAGAGCAAGAGGGUAAACCAAGCUGCAGUGAUGAAGGCUUUUACGAGGUCACUGAAGUCAGUCCUGACAACAUCUGCUGCAGCAUAACUUCCUGCAGAUGCAACGCGAGCUUUUGCACAACCACACCUCCUAAAUGUAAAAUUGGUUACGAACUUGUUUCCGAUAUUGCCACUGGCAAGUGCUGUCCUACGUAUAAGUGCGUUCCCAAGAAGGUCUGUGUGCUUCAGAAUGCUGAGUACCUGCCUGGUUCCCCAGUCUUUGCUGAUAAGUGCCAUGAUUGUGUCUGCACUGAGAAAUCGAACAGUAGUGGUCUGAAUGCUAUUUCAUGCAAGCACAUUCCAUGCAAUGAAAGAUGCCAGCCAGGAUAUGAACUUAAAGAUGUGAAAGGGGAAUGCUGUCCAAAAUGCGUGCAGACCAAGUGUGUUGUAAAUAAGGGUGACAGCACCGUCCUCGUCCUGAGUCCUGGUGAAAUGCAAAACGAUCCAAAAGACAACUGCACCGUUUACAGCUGUGUGUCGAUCAAAGGUCAGCUCAUCUCCUCCACCUCAGAGAUUACCUGCCCAUCAUUCAAUGAGGACAAUUGUAAAGCUGGCACUGUUACACUGCUGCCUAAUGGUUGCUGUAAAACAUGCAUCCCUCAAGAUAGCCCAUCACCAUGUUCUGUCACCCAAAUCGUGGACUAUAUAACCCAUAAGGGCUGCCGUUCUGUGGAUAAAGUCUACCUGACUCAAUGUGAAGGAUCAUGCGGAACCUUCUCAUUAUACUCUGCUGAGGCCAACUCCAUGGAGCACAAGUGUUCCUGCUGCAGGGACGCAGCGACUAGCAAGAAGCAAGUUCUACUGCAAUGCCCCGAUGGGAAAACUGUGGUGCACAAGUACCUGCAUGUGGACCGUUGUGAAUGUCUUGACACUGAGUGCACAGAACCCAGCUCCACAGUAAAGCCAACGGAAAGUGGAGAAGAGAGUGCCAUCGAACGUGUCAAGCGGGCCAUUCAGAAAAUAUUGAAAUGAAGGGGAGAAAAGUAAUGGCACACAGAAAAAAGUACAAGAAGGGUCUAUGCACCAGUCUAAUCUUCCAAGAGUGAUUCAAUGCUUUGCCUUUUCUCACUUCCUCCUCUUCU